AUGGAAGACAACGCCGAGUUGGAGUCGUUCCGCCGCCAGUGGCGCGAGGAAGUUGCUCGUCGAUCAAGGCCCAAGGUUGCCCCUCCUUCCGUGACACCGGCCCCGCCCACUCGGUUCCCGCCAACCCGCCAUGAAGCCGCCGACCGCAAGGAGGUUGAGGAGGAGGGUCCACCACCCGCCUCGUUCGACCCCGAGGAGCUGGCCCAACAGGUGGGACAACUCAGCGUGGAACCGGGCGAUGAAGAUGAAUUUACUCGCCGGGACGUGAAAGAACCCAGCUCGGCGCUGGAGCACUUCGAACGGGCCAUUGAAAAAGAAGCCGAGGGCAGUUUGGGGGAUAGUCUACAGCACUAUCGGAAAGCAUACCGGCUGGAUUCAACCGUCGAUAAAACCUACCGGAACAAGCACUACGCCCACGUCUGGAAGAAGCCGGCCCAGCCUCCACCGAGUGUUUCUACCACCGCUGCUCCCGCAACGACUCCGGCUCCUGCAGAAAGCGAAGUUCUCUCGACACCCGACCUCAUCGCUUCAUUUGCAUAUCUGCCAAUCCCGCCAGCAGCCCCGGUGAUUGAGAACACACCGGCACCGCCCUGUCCGAUUGCCAACGUGCCAUCCGAGGUCAUUGUCGAAAUCCUGCAGCAUGUCGCACUGACAGACCCUGCAACCUUUGGGCGUGUGGCACUGGUCUGUAAACGGCUAGCAUACCACUUCGCCCACGAGCAGCAUAUAUGGAAACGGAUCUGCCAAAGAUCGGAGUUUGGGCUCCAGGGAAUACACUACACCUUUGCGUGUGACCUGCAUGGACACCCCAUAUACACGCUCGGCCCAUGCUAUACUCCGUUCCCCUCGGAUGUGCCUUGGGAGAUCCCCAGACCACUAUCAUCCUGGAGCCAGGCGUUCCAGGCGUUUCCCCGAAUUCGGUUUACCGGGAUUUACAUCAGUACAGUCAACUAUACGCGACCGGGUGCGGCGUCUGCCUCCAAUGUGUCAUGGAACAGCCCGAUUCUCAUCGUGACCUACUAUCGAUACCUCCGCUUCUAUCCAGAUGGAUCGGUAGUGUCCCUCCUUUCCACAACAGAGCCAGUGGACAUAGUCCCGCACAUCAGCAAGCAAAACCUGAUGGUUGCGCGUUCCACACAGCGGAACCAUCAGCGCCGGGUUUCAGAUCACGGACAGUCCUUGUCUGGUGCCGCCGACCCCGUACCCCCAGUUGCCAUGGCUGCGCUGAAGCAUGGCCACCGCGGACGCUGGCACUUGACAGCGCCUGUGGAUGCAUCCGAGUCGACUGGAGAUACAAACCCCGCCUCAAGCGAACGGACCAAAGCCUCUACCGACCCUCGCGACCUUAUUGUGGAAACAGAAGGCGUGGGUCCCCAGUACAUAUACACCAUGCACCUGUCUUUGCGGUCUCCCACGGGUUCCCGGUCUGCACAGGUAGGUGCCUCACCGUCGAACCCAUCCAAAAACACCAAGCUGGUGUGGAGGGGGUUCUGGAGCUACAACAAGAUCACGGACGACUGGGGCGAGUUUGGACUUCGCAAUGACCGAGCCUUUGUGUUCCGCCGCGUGCGCGGUUGGGGGCUAGAUUGA